UAACUAAAAAUCGGUGGUCUGCGCCUAGUCUUAGAGUCAUAUAACAAUCAUGUAUACAGGGUGACAGGGCAACUCGACUUAUUCCUUGAAAAUAAUUAUACUAGAGGUCAUUAGCAACAAAUUAAGUCCCGUGAACCAGUGGUCAAAACUGAGGGCUUAGUGUGAGUUUACAUCAAACGUCGUCACUAAUGAGCGCGUAAAUAAUGACAUUAAAUGUAUGGCGGGUUGUACAGCGCCCCUAGCGGAAACUUUCAAGAACUAAAAUGUUCGUUAUAUUUUUGAACGCGCUCACUAGUACGUUUGAUGUAAACUCACAUUAAGCCCACUGUUUAAUGUUUUUUUGCAAAAAGUCAGAAAAAUCAAGAAAAUCGUAUAACUUGGUAACCAUCCAGUUUUGACCCCUGGUUCACGGGACCCUAUAUAAAAAUGAAUUUCUUGGUCACGGAUAUUAUAUUCUGAGGUCACGGCAUGCGCACGCACGAUUCACGCGUGAACUGCUGAUUUGAUUUUUGAACCGAUUUCUCUAAUUAUUUUUUGUUGUGAAAAGGUUCGUAAGAUAAGAUAUGGAAGGUAACAUAGAUCCCACCGCCGCUCGACUAUUGUGGUGAGCUCACUCGUGACACAAGCUUAUUUAGCUUACCACGAGAGGCUAACGGGACUAUUCGUAAUUUGGGCAAUACAAAUUGCUAAUAAUCUUUAAAAAAUAUAUAAUGAUAGAUGCACGGAAAAAUAAAGAAAUUGAGUAAACUUAUCCGAAUUAGAAGCGACCUUCAACCAUCUGUUUCCGAUCUAUCUCCCAUCCAUCCAUCCAUCCAUCCAUCCAUAAUGAAAAAUGUUUAAGUUGUAAGUACCUAUGCUUAUUAAAAAUAGAUACUGAAAAUUACUUAUUCCAGCUAUUUACUCAAAAUAAGCCUUAAGCUUUAAAACGUAAGAUGGGCAACAUAGGUGAAUAAAAUUUUCUUUGUUCUUUUUUUUUCGAAAAAUGCCACGAUUAAAUUAAUUAAGAUAAAGUACUAUUGUUACAUUGUUGUGUAGAGCUUAUUAAAAAAUUUUGAAUACAAAAUCACCCUGUAUAUUUAUUAUUUUUUCCUCCACUCCUUAUCACGUUCGUUAUUACUCCCGUUUUGUUGGUGGGACCGUUAUCAAAAACCCUAAAUCCUGGUAUAAAUAGGCUGCUGAAACUUUUCCUUGUCAGUCUCCUAACUACCAUGGCCGAACAAUCCUAAAUUUUAAAAAGUGUUUGAACGUAAAGAGUACAAAAUGGAGUUGAGAUUGGGACUGCUUUUAUUCACAUUCGUGCAUAAAGUAAUAUCAAGUGAAGAUACAUCAUGUGAAGCUGUUGUCACUAAAAAUUCACCAGGAUGUUUAUUGAAAGUAACAUGUAAACACCAUUUGAAAAAUAUAAAUUCACUAAUAGAAAAAGAUAAAAAAGAUAAAAAAUGUUCUGGCAGUUCAGGAACAGUUCCGAUAAUUAACAUUCGUUUAGAAUUUUAUGAUGUGCCUUUCAACGAUGUAAACAAUCUAAAAGAACUUAAUUCUCUCAGUGAUGAAAUAUGUAAAGACGUAAAGUAUUUGACCAUCAAUGGCGGAGAAAUGACAGAGGUACCGGAAGUAGUUUACAAUAAAAUGAAUAAUCUUGAGAGCAUUCAUUUAGAAAAUAAUAAUUUAGUAUCAUUAAAUAUACACAAAUUACUAAAAGAGAACUUGAAAAUUUUAAGUGUAUCUGGGAAUAAAAUUGACAAAUUAGUCGAAGAAGCUAGUAAAAACAAAUGUAAUCUUGAAAUAAUUGAUCUUAGUAAAAAUCGAAUUACUGACAUUCCAAGUCAUUAUUUUGCUACCUGCGAAAAAUUAAAAAAAUUGUAUUUAUCUUCUAAUGCUCUAAAAAAGCUAAAAAUUGAACAAUUCCAUGGACUUCAACUACUAGAAAUGUUGGAUUUAGCGUUUAAUAAAUUAACAGAUGUUGACCAUAGUUUAAAAAUAUUUCGAGAUAUUAAAGAGUUAUAUUUGGAUGGCAAUAAUUUCCAAACUAUAUCUAAAGAUUUUUUUCAAUCAAUGCCGAAAUUAACAAUACUAGGUUUGUCCUCCAACAGAUUGACCAAUUUAAAUGGCAGUUUAGAGCCACUUGAAGAACUGACUAAAUUAGAUUUAAGCAAAAAUAAUUUAACAGCUAUUGAUGAUAAAAUAUUUUCCAAAAAUGGAAAAUUGGAGAAGUUAGAUUUGUCUGAUAACAAUAUCCGGGACAUACAGCCUGGAAGUUUUAAAGGUAAGCGUAUUACUGAAUUUAAUUUUGCAAACAAUAAGUUGCAAGGUACCCUCAUACGAGAAACUCUUGAUGGCAUCGACCCUAUUAAACUCGAUUUGAGCUUCGGGGGAAUUACGGAAAUAGAAGCCGAUUGUUUUAGUUCCAUGACAAAAUUAAAAGAGUUGCUAUUGAAUCACAAUCAGAUUCAGAAAAUUAAUGAAUUAGCUUUUAAAGGUGUAACAAGUUUAGAAAAAUUAGAUUUGAGUGAAAAUAAACUUAAUAUACUAAAUUUUCGAAGUCAUGACUUAGCGAAAUUAAAAGAACUGAACAUAGCACAUAAUGAAAUAGGAAAUGUAAAGCCAGAAGUAUUUGAAAACUUGCGUAAUCUAUUAAAAUUAUAUUUAUCACAUAAUAAUAUCAAGGAAAUAUUACUUAAUACGUUUCAAAAACUAGAUAAGUUGGAAGAACUCGAUAUUAGUAACAAUCCUCUCGAAGAUAUAGAUGGAAAUACCUUUAAAGGUUUAUCUCAACUUCAAAAACUUUUAAUUUCAAACACAUAUAUGAAAUCUCUUGUAAGAGAUGUAUUUUCCGAAAUGACAAAACUUCAAUAUUUAGAUGCGUCUUCAAAUAAGAUCCAAAGUAUUGAAAAAGACACUUUUAAAAAUAACAAGGAAAUAAAAGAGCUCUAUUUAAGGGGAAAUAUGAUAAAAAAUAUUGAUGAAAUAUUAAAUGGUUUAGUUAAUUUAAGCAAAUUGGAUUUGAGCAAAAAUGAAAUAAAUUCAUUUACAAACGAAACAUUUUCUUCACUUCAUAAAUUAGAGUUUAUUGAUUUAUCUGAUAAUCAAAAUUUAGGUUUAAAAAACCCUUUUGAUAAUUUGAUUACAUUAACAACAGUGAAUUUGAAAAAUAUUAAAGAAGUCACUUUUGAAAAUAUUACAAAUUCAAACAUCAAAAAUCUUGACUUGACAUCGUGCAAUAUAAUAGACCUCAACGCUGUUCACAUUGACAAAUUAAAGAAAUUAGAAUCAUUAAAACUUUGUAAUAACAAAAUACCAUCAAUAAAACUGGACUUAUUUGAGCAAAAUGAUAAGCUUAAACUACUAGAUUUGAGUCAAAAUCAACUAUCAGAAAUAAACCGCUCUAAGAAUUUCGAUUCAUUACAUCAUUUGGAAACCCUGAACCUUUCAUCAAAUAAUUUAAAAAAAUUUACACCUUUAAAUUUGCCAAGUAGUAAAACAGUCAAAAACUUUUUAUUAGAUAAUAACAACAUUGAUUAUCUAGACUUUGAAGGGUUUUCGCUUGCAGGAGUCGAAAAACUUAGCAUUAGUGGCAAUCCGAUUCCCUGUACAGACAUAGAGGAAGCAAGAGCUAAAAAUUGGUAUAACGAUUUUAAUUUGACAGCAAUUAAAAAUAACCUCAACGGUUGUAGUGAUGCUCGUAAUCCAACUCCUCCCCCGACAGAACCAGGUAAAAGCCCUGUACCUGUACCCCACCCCACUGUAGAAGACCCUACAGAAUGGGCAAACAUGAAGCAACGUAUAAAAAAUACAGAUGAGAAAUUAACUCAGCACAUUAAUGAUUUUGAUACUAAUGUUAAUAAGAAAAUAGCAAACGAUCACAAGGAAAUAUUAAACUCGGUCAAUCUUAUUGAAAAUCGUACAGAUACUGCAAAUGCGAAAUUAACUCAACACUUGAGUGAUUCUAAAAAUGAUCAGAAGGAAAUAUUAAAUACAGUCAAUCGUAUUGAAAAACAAUUUAAGCAACCUACAAAUACUGCAACAAGUGACAAUUCUAUGAAAACCUUGAUGUACGUAUCGGCAAUUGGUGUAGUAUUUUCAAUAGUAUUUAUGUUGGUGAAAUGUAUUCUGAAAAUGAGGUCAAAAAAUAAAUAGUGUUGAAUAUAAUACCUAAAUACCCUUGUACACUUUCAUUCGUUUAAUUACAAUUAUUUUUUAAUGGAUUUUAUAAUGUAGGUUAUUCGCCAGUUAGUUUUAAGCAGUGUUUGUACGUGAGGCAAUAUGUUAAUAAAUCGUGUACCUAGUGCACAUACGUGUGAAUUUUUUAUUGAUUUGUGUGGUGUAAAAACAUUGAUGUAUUUACUAUUUAUCUGUCUACGAGUAUUUAUACUGUACCUACAUCGGCUUUUCGUCACUGAUUACAUAAUAAUAUCAGACUGAUUUUAAAUUCUGUUUUAUCACACUUAUUAUUCGUUUUUUAAUGUACUUAGUGCCAGUAAUAAAAUGUAACUACUAAAAAUAACUAAAAAGUUUAAAUGAUAUGUGUCCUAAAUAGAAUUUAAUGCAAUAAACUAUU